AUGGACAAGUUGAAGUGCCCGAGCUUCUUCAAGUGCAGAGGGAAGGAGAAAGUGACGGCUUCAUCUGAGAAUUUCCAUAUUGGUGAAAAUGAUGAGAAUCAGGACCGUGGCAACUGGUCCAAAAAAUCGGAUUACCUUUUAUCUAUGGUUGGAUAUGCAGUGGGAUUGGGGAAUGUGUGGAGAUUCCCAUAUUUGACCUACAACAAUGGCGGAGGUGCCUUCUUGAUACCUUAUGCGAUUAUGCUAGCACUGGCUGGUUUACCUUUGUUCUUCCUAGAGUGCUCACUGGGACAAUUUGCUAGCUUAGGUCCAGUUUCAGUUUGGAGGAUUCUACCAUUGUUUCAAGGUGUGGGGAUUACAAUGGUCCUGAUAUCCAUUUUUGUGACAAUCUAUUAUAAUGUCAUAAUUGCCCAUAGUCUUUACUACAUGUUUGCUUCUUUUCAACGUGAACUACCAUGGAAAACUUGUUCUUAUUGGGCAGAUAAAACCUGUAGCAGAUCGCCUAUAGUGACACAUUGUAAUGUGAGUAUAAAGCUAGGUGAAAUCUUCCAAGUGAAUAAAAGCUGGGUAGACGCCAACAAUUUUACCUGCAUCAAUGGAAGUGAAGUUUAUCAGCCAGGGCAGCUUCCCAGUGAACAAUAUUGGAAUAAAGUGGCGCUCCAACGGUCAAGUGGAUUGGAUGAGACUGGAGUCAUUGUGUGGUAUUUAGCACUUUGUCUUCUUCUGGCCUGGCUCAUAGUUGGAGCAGCACUAUUUAGAGGAAUCAAGUCUUCUGGGAAGGUGGUAUAUUUUACAGCUAUUUUCCCCUAUGUUGUCUUGCUCAUCCUGCUGAUCCGAGGGGCAACUCUGGAUGGUGCAUCAAAAGGCAUUUCAUACUAUAUUGGAGCACAGUCAAAUUUUACAAAACUUAGGGAAGCUGAGGUUUGGAAAGAUGCCGCCACACAGAUAUUUUAUUCCUUGUCAGUGGCUUGGGGUGGUUUAGUUGCUCUGUCAUCUUACAAUAAGUUCAAUAACAACUGCUUCUCAGAUGCCAUUGUAAUUUGUUUGACAAAUUGCCUCACUAGUGUGUUCGCUGGAUUUGCUAUUUUUUCUAUAUUGGGACACAUGGCUCAUAUAUCUGGAAAGGAAGUCUCUCAAGUUGUAAAAUCAGGUUUUGAUUUGGCAUUCAUUGCUUAUCCAGAAGCUCUAGCUCAACUCCCAGGUGGGCCAUUUUGGUCCAUAUUAUUUUUCUUCAUGCUUUUGACUUUGGGUCUCGACUCGCAGUUUGCUUCCGUUGAAACGAUUACAACAACGAUUCAAGAUUUAUUUCCCAAAGUGAUGAAGAAAAUGAGGGUUCCCAUCACUUUGGGUUGCUGCUUCAUUUUGUUUCUCCUUGGCCUCGUCUGUGUGACUCAGGCUGGAAUUUACUGGGUUCAUCUGAUUGACCACUUCUGUGCUGGAUGGGGCAUUUUGAUUGCAGCUAUACUGGAACUAAUAGGGAUCAUCUGGAUUUAUGGAGGCAACAGAUUCAUUGAAGAUAUAGAAAUGAUGAUUGGAGCAAAAAGGUGGAUAUUCUGGCUAUGGUGGAGAGUUUGCUGGUUUUUCAUUACGCCUGUCCUUUUGACGGCAAUCUUGAUCUGGUCAUUGGUACAAUUUCAUAGACCUAGUUAUGCCCAAAUUCCAUACCCUGACUGGGGAGUUGCUCUAGGCUGGUGUAUGAUUAUUUUCUGCAUUAUUUGGAUUCCAAUUAUGGCUAUUAUAAAAAUAAUUCAAGCUGAAGGAACCAUCCUUCAACGCAUUGUAAGCUGCUGCAGACCAGCUCCUAACUGGGGGCCAUACCUGGAAAGACAUCGUGGGGAAAGAUAUAAAAAUAUGGUAGAUCCUAAAAAAGAGACUGACCAUGAAAUACCUACUGUUAGUGGCAGUAGAAAACCAGAAUGA